UUUAGUCUGUCAUGAGUUUUAAUAGAAUUGUGUUCAAAACAAAAAAAGAUCAUUUUAAAUUUGUUUUAUACACCAGUUGUGGUAUCUAUGAGCUACAACAUGAGGUCAAAAACCUAGCAUAAAGGUCCACCAUUUUAGCUUAGAGGACGAAUAAAGUCAUCAUAGUAGUUCUGGAGUAAGUUGAACCAGUGGCUCAGUGGCUUACUUUUUCUUUUCAAAAAUACAGCUGUGAAUGUUCUGAAUCACUUAAAGGCAUUCUCAUGUUAAAAAGGUUUUUUUUUUUACAAAACAGCUUUUAGCAGUUAUAUGCAAUAACUAGAAAAGCACUCGGAGAGCGCAGACCUCCGCCAAGCAGCUCAUGUCUCCCCUUAUAUUGUGAUUCACACCAAAACUUUUACUGUUACGUGUCUUUUAUUAACUUUUAUUUGUGUUUAAACUGGUAUGUUCACUGUUCAUAAUGUUCCUAAAACAAGAAAUGCCCUGACCUGGAUUCGAACCCAGGACCUUCAUGCUGUGAGGGGACAGUGCCGCCCAUCUACACCACUGUGCCGCCCAUUGGUUAUCUUUCAGCAUUCAACAUUGAAAAUUCCAACGACACCCUUAUUUUUGUGUGCUCUGGAUCACAGUAUCCAGAAUUUUGUCCGGAUCAGGAUCAACCUUUGACACCUCAUAAAACUCAUUGAGAUCCUUUUGUGUAAUUUUUUACUAAAGACUCUGGCCAUUUUUAUAGAGUUAAAUGCAAAAAUUCCCAAAUUUGCCCUAUCUCACAAUGAUAAAGAAUCCUUCAAAAAAUUCCUGGAUCCAGAAGGCGAUCCGGAUCACCACCAAAAUUUAAUGGGAUCCUCCUGGGGCUGAGACGCACCUCUGGUGAAAAUUUCAGGUCAAUCCGUCUGUAACUUUCUCCGUAAAGUUGCUAACAGACAAACAAACAAACAAACCAAUGCUACCAAAAACAUAACUUCCUUGGCGGAGGUAAUUACAUUUUCUGGAAUAUUGAGCCCUGCAGUGUGCAAGCCAUUUAUCAUUGGUCAGUGUUGUAAAAUCAUAAGGACAGGUUGAAGUUUGUGCUCAACAUCAGGACUGUUUUAUGCAUCUUACAGUCCAUGGAGUUCAUUAGGCUAUGUGGUGGGUCCACAGACUGCAUUCUGUGGGUGAGGUAGGUUUGAGGGGCCCAUGUUUUGUUCCCGCCCUUCUCGCUUACUGAUCUGUGCACACAGUCCUGGUCCAUGGAGCCCCACCCUGUGUUGCAAACACAGAAGAUGUAGGUCUACAUGUGUGCAGUCUGCAUGUGAUCUGGAGUAUUUCAGGAGGAGUCUAUUUACAUGAUACACCCCCCCGCCUUCACUUUUCGCUGCCCGUGCCAAACUAUGUGAAAGUCGAUCCCCGGCCUGCAUGUUGUUGAACCCGGACUCCAUCAUGGAGAGGAGACCAAGCAGAGAUUUGAUCGAGGAUCUGGGCUAAAAACACAAUAAUUAACACUUUUCUCUGCAGGAUCUCGUCCUUGUUUUGGACUGGGUGUCCUCACAUGUCGCUCCCGGUAGUCCUGCCCGGAUCUUGCUGUCCGGUUACCGGAGCCUCACAGCUGGCGGAGCCGUGCUUCAGAAACAGACCCCGCGGCUUCUCCGCCUCGUCCCGUCUCACAAGCAACGGCUCUCGCCUGCUGCUGCCCGGGCGGCCGCUGUUGUCUCUGGGCUUGCUGCAGCUGCUGCUCGGUGGCUCCAUGGUGGCUCUGUCCUUCGGGGCUCUGUCCCUCAGUAGCUCCCCACCCGUCCGGAGCUCUUGUCCGUUCUGGGCCGGGUCCUCGGUGAGUUGUAGGAGGGUGUCAGAGCUCGGGUGUGUUCUUGUGAAUCAAAUUUGAACCUUUAAAAGUGUCGAUAAACUGAGUUUUAUCACACAGUAUUGGUGCAAAUAUCUGUUUUAAUCAGUAUUUUCCUUCAAAUACGGAUAUGACGACAGAAAAGAGGCAGCUGUUUAUCUCUAAAACAGAUGGGCUGCAGUCACUGUGUCUGGUUUCCAUUAACUCUAUUAAUACUGUGUGUGUGUGUGUGUGUGUGUGUGUGUGUGUGUGUGUGUGUGUGUGUGUGUGUGUGUGUGUGUGUGUGUGUGUGUGUGUGUGUGUGUUCUGCAGAAAAGAUGUCAUGUUUUUACUUAUAGACUUCACACUGCCCUCACUUUAUUUUGACCCUGAUGUCAUUAGUUCACUGUUUAUUGAUAAGUGUUGUCUGGCCUUUUAUGCUCUAUGAAAAGUUAGAUUUUUUUAUUAUUAAUAUUAUUUAUUAUUUUUAUGUAUUUAUGGAACAGACUGAAACUUACAUUGAUGACUCUAUGUGGUAUUAAAAAGCUAAUCCUCAGCAACAAGAAUGACAAUUUUGACUUCAUUGAGUUUUAAAUAAUAGGGGAGAGUGGGGUAAGAUGAGCCAUUUUUCAUAUUUUGGAUCACUCCAUCAAGGCAAUCAUAGUUUUGUCUCUAACUAGUGUUUCUGCAUAUAUUUCACGAUGUUGUGCAUCCCUGCAAACAAGCAGAAUGAGUGUAAACAUAGCUGUCUUGAUAAUAUAGCAUGCCAAAAAAAGUGGUCUCCUAUGGUCAACUUACCCCGUGUAUGGGGUAAGUUGACCAUAGGAGCCAUAUCCCUACUACCCCCUCACUCUCCACCCCAGCCGCCCCUCACCUUCUCUCUCCCUAAAUAACAGUCACUUCUUCACAUUCAUGUUUAUUUUUAUCCAGUAUACACAUACAGGUGACACAGUAAUAUGGAGAUUAAUGCUACUCACAUCACUUGUCAGUGUUUUUAAUGUAAUGUUUAUAACGUAUGUGACUGUUUUGGUGUGAUCCAUCAGGUACAGUCAUGCUAAUUUAGAUAUUUCAUGUAGCAGUGGACACAGGUUCGAAAAAUCCCCCUUUGAAAUCCGAGUCUCUUUUUUGUCUGUUUUGUAUAAAACAGUAGUACCUGUGUUAACAUUUUCCGUGUAUUUGUAUUUGUUUGUGUGUCUUAAUAGUGGAUGUGUGUAUCUGUGUGUUUGUUUCCAGGUGAUCCUGUCAGGUGUGGUGGGACUCACCACCUGGAGAAAGCCCAUGCUGCUUCUGGUAAGAAAUGAAAAACUCAUCCAUGGUGCUGUGAUUCUAUUUCACUGAAACCAAACACCUUAUCAGGUGUGUUCAGCUGUGUCAGGUGUGUUCAUCCCCCUCCCAUCCAGGUGAAUGUGUUUGUCCUGCUGUCUGUGCUGUGUGUGCUCCUUAACCUGGCUGGAUUCAUCCUUUGCUGCCAGGGAGCCCAACUGGUUUCCAGUCUGACCAGCUGCCAACUGGUGAGGCUGUUUACCAUCUGUUUCUCAUCACCUCAACAUUUCCUCUUUAUGUUCCUCCUUCAUGAUAUCUCUGUAGCUUUGUGUCGUUCGUGAACGAUUCUUUCAAAAGAACCGAAUCUUUUAAGUGAGCGAACUGAACCGAAUCAGUUCUUCAAGUGAUUCAUUUAUUUUUCACUUCAGUUGAGCUGAAGUGAAAAACAGUCGAGCAGCCGGCGAAUGAGGGACCGCACGCACCGACGCCUCAAUCAAAUGGUGAACGAAUCACGCAUUGAACUACACUCUCUGGAAUCAUUUUUGUCAGACAAUAUAUAUAUAUAUUUUUUUCUAACUGCUAAAUUGCCACCACAACAACUUGCAUACAAUAGGACACAGCAUGUAACAAGUAGUGCAUUAAACCCGCAGCAUCCUAUCAUCGCAGCGGUUUGCGAGGGAACGGUGCAUGUUCACUUUAAAUUCUUCUAAACGUUCAGUGAACGAAUCACUCAUUGAGCCAAAAUUACUGAUCCCAGAAACUGAAUCCUGAACCGUUCAGCUGUGUAUCAGUUCAGGAGGUCGGAGUCGCAGGCUUCUACCGCUAAGCGCUACAUGAUUCAGUGAUUUGGUGAACGAAUCUUUUGAACGAAUCUUUUUAGUGAACUGAUUCUAGUGAUUCAGUACAUCUAAAAGAACUGCCGUGCCCAUCACUUUAUCUCUGCUUCCCCCCCUGUAAGGAAGUGACAUCAUGAAGUGUGAUGUUUGAUAGCCUGAUGUGUUCUCGUUGUGCCACUUCAAUCUUAACAUGCCAGAACCUCUGAAUGAUGAGCACAGAGAUACAGAUAAGGCAUUAAGAGUCCAGCUGAAACAUGGUGUGUUUGUAUUGUGUGUGUGUGUUAAUGUUUAUUGCAGAGUGAGGCUGGAGAUGUGUGUUAUUGCUGCUCUGUGUCUUCAACAUCAGAGUGUCCAGAGGAGAAGCUGCUGGCACUUCAUCCCGCUCACUCCUGCAGCACCAUGAGGAUCCUCUUAAAGGUGAAACGAGUUACAGAACACACACAUAGUGACACAGACACACACAGCCUCACAAGAUUCUUCCCUUAUUAUUUUUUUAGAUUAUUUCUGAUCAUUGUGACAGAAACCAUUUUGAGUUAUUUGAUGUGUAUUUUAAUUUUAUAGUCUGACUCAUGUCCAAUCUGUUACCAUGAAGGAUAUGACAUAUACUCCACCAGUCAACAGGGGGAGCUCCAAAUCUUUUGGCUUCACAGUAAAUAAACACUCGUGGGGGCCAUUUAAACAUGCGGUCUGUGGUUUCUCAAGUGUUUCUAAGCCCACAUGUUAACAUCCUUUACAGAAUAAUGUGGGUUUUUAAUGCAGUGCCGCCUAAGGGAUUAAAGGUCGCAGGUAUUCAAUGUUGGUUUCCUGCUUUAUCAUUUACAUGCAGAGAUUUUUUUGGAUUUUCUGAAUCUUUUAAAAAGAUAUCUUGGACUGUAGAUGAUGAAAUCCCUAAACUUAUUGCAAUUGUAACCGUAGAGUAGUGUUUUUUUUUUUCAACUUCUGUAACACCAACAUGGCAAAACAGUACAGCUUAAUUCCUCACCCGUAGAGAACACCCCAGCUUCUUCAGACCCCCGUCUCAUCACACCCAUACUUGUCCCUACUUACACAAUAACAGGUAGGAUCCAGUAUUCAUUAUACAGGGAAUAUAUUAUAGGAAUCCAAAUGUUACACACGCGCACAUAAAUAAUACUUGUUACGAAUUGUAAACAAUAAUUACUGUAUACUUUACUCUUUAUACCCAAAAUAAUAUAACAACACUAAAACGUACUCUGUGCAGAUGAUAAAGGUUACACUAUUGUAUAUUAAGGAAGGCUCUUCCAGUGUUGGACUAUUUGCUCAUGCAGUUAUUGCGCCAUCCUUACCUGUGGAUACUUGAGUUAGUCUUUAGUUGCCCCUGUCCCGUCUCUUUUGGGAGUGUAUUGCAGACAUCAGGUUUUAAAAUGAAAAAAUAAUUAGCAAAAGUCAUUUUCUCAAUCAAUCUCUUCAUCUUACAAUUCAGUUUUUCAUUAAGUAAUACCCUUUCCUUUCAGUCAAGUGUAAUUUAACUGUAUCUGGACAUUAUUUCAAGUCAGGAAAACGUCAAUAAUUAUACGGGGUAUAAUUUUGAUGAUGUAAUUUAUAUAACCUUAAAAUAUUGAUAAAGAUUUCACAGAUUUUAAGUGAUUUAUUCUUUUUUUUUCCAGAAAGUUCUGUUUGCCCUGUGUGCUCUGAAUGCUCUCACUACAGCUGUGUGUAUGAUGGCAGCAGCUUUGAGAUACCUGCAGAUCUUCACCUCCAGGACACCAUGCAUGGUAUGAACACAGGUUACCAAAAACAGGUGAAUAGGGUAAAUUUGAUCAGUUUAACAGCUGAGAAUCUAAUAAUUUGAUGUUAGCCACUGUAGGAUCACCCCAAAGGUUACCUGAACAGGUGAACAGGUUUCUAUUGGCUGUCUAUUAUGAAUCCCUAAUUGCAUUAUCAUUUUACAGUCUUAGCUCUGUAGCUUUCAACCUAAUUUAAUCAACAUAUCAUUAUAUAAUAAGAUUAAAUAUCCUGCUCUGUGAUAGGAUGAACCCAGGGCCACAGUCGAAGACAGGGAAGAGACUGGUCAGGUCCCGGAUCCUGAUGAGUUUGUGGCUCCUGCCCCUCCCCCCUCUUACUUUUCCACUUUCUACUCCUACACGCCUCGUCUUGCUCGCAGGUAGAAAUGUGUUCUGCUUUUUGAGACUUGCAGCUAACACACAGUUGACAUGAUGCAAACACACAGCCAAACACACAGACAAUUCACUGCAGAAAACCUACAAUCAAUAAUAGAGAUACCCCAAGUUCUUCCUUCCUGCUGCAGUCAGACUGUUUAACCGGGCCUGCUCCCAGUUGUCCAGGUUUCUUUUUUUUUGCACAGCUAACAGACAAUAACUCAAUGCUUCCUUUAUAUGCAGUAUUGACAGGCUAGAUAUAUACAAUAUAUAUACUUAUAUACAUUUUUCUCAGGUAUAAUUACUCAAAUAAUGUGCAAAAACUUGCAAAAAAAUUAUUUUUUGUUCACUCUGUAGAAUCAUUUUGGUUUUGUUGUUGCUUUUUUUUCUCUUUUUUUGUACAUAAUUUUUUUUUAUAUAGGUCUGAGUUAACUUUCUUGUAAUUGUCUGUGCAUGAUGAGUGUACUGAUGAGUGUUUAUCUUAUCUUAUACUAAGCUUCGAUGUAGGCAAAAUGGAGCUGACAUGGUGGGUGCAUGUCCGAUCGUGUGUUUGUGUCUGUGUGUGUUACAGGAUGCUCGGGGACAGUGUAAUUCCUCUCCCUCAUAUCUAUGGUGCGCGGAUAAAAGGAGUGGAGGUCUUCUGUCCUCUGGACCCCCCUCCACCGUACGAGGCUGUUGCUGGAAGCCCCACCCACACAGGGACACAGGUAUAGUACAAUUGUUUAUUUCAUGCCACACCUGAGUGAAUGAAGGAUGUGUGAAGGAUGAUCCUGAUACUAUAAGAGUGAGAGACAACUGCAAUCAUGAGCAGGAUAUUAGAGGGGAGAGGGUGGGGUUUUACCUGACUGACAUCUGACACACAGACCAAGUGACUGAUACAGCAGGACGCUUUACGACCACAUAUACUACAUGUAUUAUCAUGAUAUAACAUGAUACUUAUCAAUUUAAAUAUCAUAACUAUGUGACAUUUAUCAAAAUAUUAAUUUUUACACAAUUUGUUCAAGUAAGUUUUGAUGACCAUGUUGAGAUUAUCUGUCUGACAGAGAGCAAGAUCUCGUUGUGGUCAUAUAACCCAACAAGAGCUAAAAGGUCCCUUCUUGUGGUAACACCACAUACUGUACACUGGUUUGAAAUAAGGCCAAAAGCUAAUGUUGGCUAGCUACAUUAUGAUGAUAUUUUACUAUGGCCCUUAUAAACCCAACAAAAAAGGUCUUCAAAGCAUCUGACACAACUUUUAAAGAAAUACAGUUCAAUAAAAACUACAUGUAACUUUCCAUCGCUGUAUUUGUCUGUUUAUUUCUGCAUUUGUCUGUAAACUUUUGUAACCGUCUAUCUGUUUCAGAACACUCAGAUUUCACCACCUCCCUCCCCACCAGAUGCUGCUGUUUCAGGUAAGGUUCCUGUCCACACACCUGUUAAAGGACACAUCACCUUUCUGGUGUCUUCUCAUGAUUGGUUUAAGAAUACUGUCCUCUUUUAUAAUCUAAGAUAAAUAUUUCUGGGGAUUUGAAACAACAAGUUUAUCUUUUUGUCUUUGGUCAGUUCCAGUCUUUAGUCCACAGACAGGAUCUUUAUCCCAGGGUGUUCCUUCUUCACCUCCUCCUCCACCUCCUCUUCCUCCUCCUUCUCUUCAACAAUGUUCACCGGUUCUGGUUCCUCGCAGGAGAAUGAGGAUCCAUCGGUCCAGCAGUGACCCAGUUCUGUUGGACCUCACAGCUAAAGGUCUGUUUGCUCAUAAUCACAGUCCAUCAGAACUUAAACAUAAUUUAACACGACACUGACACUCUGUUCACUCUCACUCCAUUCAUGAACACACUUUGUUCACACUUAUGCUGUUCACUUAUAACCUCUACUUAUUUCACAAACACUCAAUGUUACCCUAUUGAUAUUUAUCAGUUCACUUUCAACUCACACCCUGUUCACUCUUAAUAUGUAUAUUCUCACUUUGUUUACAUGUAUUCCUGUCACUCUCACUCUGCUGACUUUUCAUCUAUUGACACUCACUCACUCACUCUAUUCACUCAAACUCUGCUCCCUUCUACGCUCUGGUCGCUCUUACUCUCUUCAUUUUAGUUCUGUUCACCCGAUUUGAUUCUUCUACGAUUUUUUUGGAUGCCGAUAUAAAUUGCGAUUCUACGAUAUUGUCGAUUUUCUUGAUUUUUAGUUGGCAUUUUUAACAGUAGUGAAACAGUUGAAUGAUUAUGAUUGUCUACUGACUAUUCCAGGAACCAUAUUUCCCCAAAAAAAACACAUUACAUGUAAGUCAGUUUUUAAGAUUUGUUCUUAAAUUUGGAGAAAAAAAAAAGAUUUUUGAACCAAAAAAUCGAUUUAAAAAUUGUAAAACGAAAAAUUGUGAUACUCCAGUGAAUCGAUUUUGUCUCCCACCCUUAUUAUCUACUGUGUUUACUCUAUGUCCACUUUCACCUUUUCAUUCUCACUUUGUUCAUUUAGACUUUUUUUUCACUGUCUCUUUAGUUUCUUUCUCGCUGUUCACUCUUGUUUUGUCAACUGACUGUUUUUAUCUGACUUACACAAUUUAGUCAAAGUUAGAAGUCUGAUUGUAAGAGCAGAUGUGUAUGAAGAACAAAGAUAACAUGGACAAUACUCUGCUAAAGGCAAUGAGUUUGUGUGUGUUUGUGUAUUUGUGUGUGUAUAUUUGUAAAGUUUAGAACUGUCAAUUAUAAAAUUUAACAGAUAUAUUGAGUAUGUAUUUGAUUUGUCAAUCUUCUGUGAUUGUUUUGACUGGAUAUUCUCUGAUCUUUUACUCUAGUCCAGAGCAGCGGUGAUGUCCCUCUAGCCCCCCUUCAAACCACAGAUUCCUCCACACAGACCUCCCAGCCCACACUGGCCCCACCUACCCAGUCCCAGGUCACCCUAAGAUGGGCCAACAAGGAAAGGCGGACACCCCGUCGGCCUCGGCCAUCCUCCAUGGUGGACUACCAGAGCUACAGACACACCCAGCAACUGGUCCAGCAGAUCCUGGAUCAGCCAGCUGCUCAGGGUCUAACCCCCGAAGUCCAGGAGCUAGUGGAGAGCAUCCGGACAGUCUUGAAAUCAGACCAGGAGCAUAUGGAGGAGGCACUUCGCUGUGCAAGCUAUAUAGAACAGGUAUCAGAAUUUACACACACACACACACACAUUUUUGAAUGUCAGUCAUAACCGUAAGGUACCUGUUACCUGUCAUCUCUCAGGUGUUCACUGACUCACAGGUGAGUCCCAGCCGGUCUGAAACCCCCCGGCAGCAGCAGCAGCAGCAGCAGGGGUGUGGUUCCUCCCAGACUUUUCCUCGCCCCCCUAGGAGAACACCUGGUCUGCUGCACCUGCAGAGCUGCGGUGACCUCAGCUCCUUCACCUGCUCUGCUGUUGAGUCUGCUGAGCAUCGAGGAAACAGGAAGGCGGGGUCAAGUGCAGGGUCAAGGGCGGGGUCAAGGGUGGGGUCAAGAGCGGGGUCGAGAGCAGGGUCUCAACUAGACCAUCCUGAACGCCCCCACAGUCUGAUCGGAGUCUUUAGAGAGACAGUGCUUUAAAAAAAUACACAACAGCUGACGUGUGUGUGUGUGUGUAUGUGAGAGUGUGUAUGUACGGGGAAGCAUAUGUAUGUAUAAAUGUGUGUGAGUACAGUAUCUAAAUAUUUUAUGAGAGAAAAAGCAAAAAUGGGAGACUUUGGAGAGUAAUUCUUGUUGUGGGAUCGUCUCUUUACAUGUCUUUAUACGCAUAUUUUUAUUGAUCAGAUUAAAGAUUAACACUGAUAAAACAAAGUUUGUUUUUUGUGAAUAAAGCGUGUGUAUGUGUGCGUUGUAUGUAUGUGUGUGAGAGAGCAUGGCAGAUAAUAUAAUCUCCUAACUUUAUUUGCUCUGUUUGCCUCCUGCAGAGAUAUAUUUUAAAGAUUUAUUUGAGUUGAUUUUGCAGAUAUUUAAGAUGAUUUCAUGUUUUGUAAUUAACUGAUUCAGGUCUUAAUAGAAAUAAACAUGUGUAACAAAAUGUC